AUGACUAACACGACUCAAAAACACCAACACCAUAAUCACCAACAAGAAAAUCCUUGGGCAUGGGCAGAUACAUGGGCAAAAUGCAUAGCAGCAAGAAUACAAAGUGAAAUUAUCGAUAAAAAGAUUUCAAUUCCUCCUUUGUCACUUCCACUAAACAAAAUUCUGGCUCCCACGAAAAAUCCUAAUCUGCAAAAGCCGAUUAAGACCCCGCAAAAUGCAUAUAUUUUGUAUAGAAAGGAGGCACAGAAUAUAAUUCAGAGAACGAACCCGAAAGUGGAUUUUAUUGAUAUUUCACGAUUUGCUGGCGAGCGUUGGCGAAACGAGACAAAGGAAGUUCGCUAUUUCUUUUCGGUGUUGGCCGGUGUUUCGGAACUUGUGCAUGAUGAUAUGGUACGCGCAUCUGGAAACAAAGCGGCAGUGCUAAGAAAUGGUAUUUCAAUUGAAGAGCAACUUUGGCGACGACCUACAAGUUUGCCACAGUUCUUUAUGCCUGAUGAUAAAAGUAAAAAUCAUGGAGGUUAUUCCCCCAUGGGUGGAUUUUCUGUUUUUAAAUUAAACGAGGAAAUUGUUAGCCCAACAUCACCCACAAUGAGCAAUCAGCAUUAUGAGUCUCUUCCAAGUCCAAUUUCGCCUCUCUCUCCACAGCAAAUACCAUCGCCGAAUUCCGCAUUCAAACUUAUAAAAACUUCGCAAAGAACAAUCAAAAAUCUACUCAAUAAACAAUCAUUUCAUCCAUAUUCAAACAAAAAGAGAAUUCCAAUUAGAGUUUAUUAUUGA